AGUUCAUCGUGUUGUUGAAUACAUAGUUGAGUAGAAUGUGUAAUUAAAACUAUUGAAAUAUUAUAAAGAUAAGUACAACUAUUAAAUUGUUAAUAAAUUCAAAUUAUAGUGGUUCAUGUUGUGAUUUGUUGGUUAAUAAACUUUAUAAAAUGAAAGCAAACAAACCCCUCGAUGAAACUGAUGUGACUCCAUCGAAAAAAAAGCUAAAACAAGCUCGUCUUCCUUUCAAACUAAUAAGUGAUAUUUCCCCUAAACCCAAGUCGCCGCCGACUAGGAAAAGAAAGCUUUCGAAUUCUGAUACCGAAACAGUUACAAAAAUAGGAAAAAUAUCGAAAGAAAAUGAUGUUCAAGAGCUGGUCAUAAUAAGCGACGAUGAAAGUAAAGACUCGAAAAAAAUGUUAAGCGAUGACAAAAUUGUAAACCCGUACGUUAAAUUGGUUGAUGUUGCUUGGAAGAAAAAACAAAAAUUGAACAGUGCCAAAAGAAAGCAAAUAAAAAAAAAGAAUUCAACAGACCUACCCAAAAAUGAUCAGAAUGACACAGAUGAAAAGAGCGAUGAAGAUAAAAUGAAUGUUGAUGAACCAGUGGAUAGUCCAGAAAAAAAUGUAGACAUGACAAUUUUAAGUAACAGUACUUCAAGAGUUACAGAUAACGAAAUUGUUAUAUUGGAGGACUCUAGUGAUCAAUUUGAUACUAAAAUGAAACUAGAAGCUGAUAUUGAGCCAAAAGCAAAUGGCCGGAAAUCUCCAAGAGAAUCUAAAUCUAAUAAAAUUGAACAAAUUGAAAAGUCUGCUGAAUACCAAAAGUCACAAAAAGAGAAUCCAUUAAAAAAAAGGAAUGAAAAAGAUAGAGAAAGUAUAUCUUCAGAUGAACUAGAAGAAGCUUCUGAUGAUAGAGACAAGAUUGCUGAAAAAGCUUCAGCUGAAAUUCAAAAACAGAAUAAUGUAACACCAAAAAGGAGCAGCCGGAGUGCAACAAGAAUAGCUCAAAGUAACGAUGCUAAGAAGUCUCCAGUAUCCAGUUUGAAUGAAUCUCUCUCUUCAGAUCCUACAUCACCAAAACAUAGCAGGAGUUCAUCAGUAACAAACAGUCAGGCUGAUGAAUCUUUGAAUGACUCUAUGUCUGGUAGAAAGAAUUUAACACCUAAACAAUUACAGAAAAAAUUAGAAUCUGCCAAAAAGAAAGAAGAGAGAGAGAAAGAAAAACAGGAAAGGGAGAAAAAAAGACAGCAAGAGAAAGAUGAGAGAGCCAGACAAAAACAAGAGAAAGAAGAUAUGAGAAAAAAGGAAAAGGAGGAAAAAGAGGAACAGAGGCGAAAAGAAAAGGAAGAGAAAGAAAAACAAAAAGAGGAUGAAAAAGAGGAGCAGAAAAGGAAAGAAAAAGAAGAGAAAGAAGAACAGAAAAGAAAGGAAAAAGAGGCAAAGGAGGAAGAGAAGAGAAAAAAACAAGAGGCUUUAGAAUUAGAAAAACAAGAACAAGAACUCAAAAAGAAAAAGACUGUUGAAGCAUUUGUCAAUUUUUUUGUUCCAAAACAAAAGUCGGAUAAAGACCAAGCCACAGUUGGUUCAAUCAGUAAAAAUAAUAUGCUAUCUAGUUUUACUUUAAAAUUAGACAUGAGAUUAGCACCUACAACUAGAGCUGAAUUGAGUGAUGAUAAGAGACAUCAGUUGGACAAUUUUAUUAAGGAACAGAAGUGCAAAGAACAUGAACUAUAUCUUAAAUGCCUUAAGGAUGGAAACAGUAAACCUCUUUCUACUGGCAAGACCUGGCCUCUAAGUGACAAAGACGAUGAUGUUAUGAUUAUUGAAGAUGAACUGCCACCAAUAGAUGCAGAAGAUGAAAUCGUAACUUGCGACCAAGCACCUCGUGAAAAGCUUAGACCCAAACUAUUAAGCUUCCAUGAAAACCGACGGCCCCCAUAUUGGGGAACAUGGAGAAAGAAAACCACAUUUGUCAAACCUAGAAAACCAUUUGGACAGGAUGAGAAACAACUUGACUACGAAGUCGACAGUGAUGAGGAAUGGGAAGAAGAACAGGAGGGUGAAAGCAUUGAUGGUAGUGCUGUUGGUAGUGAUGAUGACCAAGAUGCUGAUGAGUAUGAAGUAGAUAAUGAAGUGUUUGUACCGCAUGGAUAUCUUAGUGAUGAGGAAGCAACUAUGGAAGAUGAUGACGUACUAUCACUGUCCCCUGAAACACAGAAGGCGAGGCUCAAACAUUUAGAGGAUGAAUUUGAAACUGAAAUGAAGAAACCAACCGAAAAACUGAAACCACGCAUGUAUGGCCCACUUUGGGAAAGUAGUGAUGGUGGUAAGCCUAGUAAAUGCGUUGACGCUUUAUGGAAUUAUUUCUCGAAAUUAGCCAUGGUUAUUGAUGAUCCAACGCCUUUCUUACAACCUUCGAGUGAACCUGACGAACAAGAGAAAAAAAGAGUUAAGAAAAAGAAACCUGUUAAUUCUGAAAACAGUGAACAAAACAAUAAAUCUGAAAAAAAGAAAAAGCCCAAAUCAGAGGAAAAAGAAGGAAAAUCGCCUAAAGUUGAAAACAAAAAGAUUGGGCCCGAAAAAAAGAAUCAACCUGGCAUAAAUAUGUUUUUAACUAAAUUAAAGUCUUCAUGAGUUUUCACUUUUCUGAAAUAUAAUAGAAAAUUGAAAACUCAUGAUUGCUUAAUGCUUCAAUGUUUGACCAUAUGGUGCAAAUGAUUCAUUUGUAUUAUUUUAUUGAAUAGUAAAUUUAAUAUGAUAUUUCAUUUGUAAUUGAACAAUAUUUAAAUAUUUGAGCAUAUUAUUUUAGUAUUAGAGCUAGUUACAUUAACAAGCAGCAUUAGGUGAUUUCUGUAAAUAAAUAAGCUUGAUUUUAUUUUAAUGUAUUGUCUAGGUUCUAAUUUUAUUUCAACAUUAUUA